CCUCUCCCAUCCAAACAAGUACAAAGAAGAAACAACAAGUUCUAAUAAACACAACAGCCGUACAACAUCGAUACGUUUCUUUCUGUGCUGAUGUCACAAUCAGCUUCAUUGUGAAGAGCAGCAGCAGUGUGUGUAGCCCACAGGUGAUGGCCAGGUAGGUCUAAAUACAGGUAGAGAUGUGGGCCGUUCAACUAUGACCUUUCCGGCAAAACCUGGCGGUGGCUGCAGACAGUACAGACCUCACCUUCUGAAUAUCUUGUGUGCACGGCAACAUUUGUGAUGUGUACACACGGGCUAGAAAAUACUUAGUGUCACGUGGUGCGGCCAUCACACGGGUAUCUGGACACACCAACCCCACCCACCUCACCUUCGCAAGUAGGUUAAAGGCAGUCAAUGUUCGCACGCCACUAAGUCCCUGAAGGAUGAUGUCAGUUUUCUAGAACAUUCAUCUGGAUUAUAUUUAUAAACACAUUUUUGUGGCGGAGUCAGGAGCCUGGUGAUUGUGGUGAGCGUUGUGUCAGAUGACGUAGGUAGGUCUGUUGCUGACGUGGGUUCUCCUUAGUGCAACCGUCCGGUCCUGUGGGGGACGUGCAUUUCAACCAUCGACAGGUAGAGGUGUGUGUGUGUGAGAAUCUUUCACCAUUGUCUCUGUGGUUUGAAAUAUUACUGGAGAUUACUGCGAUUACUGGAGAUUGGACCUGACUGAACACAAGUAGCUGAGAGUGACGAGAAAUAGUAAUGUGUAUGUUAUGUCUGUACACCUGUCUGUCAGAUACGCACACAUACACACACACUUUCUCUCUCCUCACACACACACACACAUACACUGACUGGAGUGAGAGGAGGCUGGUGAUGUGACGAUGGCAGUCUGGUCACUUAUCUGUCGGAGCCCGAGGCUGUGAUACCUACAGGUCAGACUAUCCUGUCAUUUAUCAUUUUGACAAGUGUAAAGUUUUCUCAUUUUUUUUUUUUUAUCGCAGCAAAGAGCUGGCACAAGUUGCCAGGUGUCAAAACUGGCUUGCAUCCUCCUUUGUAUCAAGCACCCUUGUUACAGACGGUAGACAUGUCUACUUGUCUACCUGUCGACAGUUUCACUUUGUCAGCACACCUACAACACCUACCUGCCUUUACUUACCUUGACGUCUGACCCAUGGCGUGUUGUCAUAGCAACAUGGUUUCUUGUCUUUUGGCAUUUUAAAAUAAAAAAUGUUAAGUUUAUCAAAGAAAUGAGGCAACACUAAAGGUGUACAACAGGAGUAGACGAGACCCAGGGUGUAAAGCCCACAGCACGGUGACUGUCAGAGGAAAGCCAAGCAUCGUCCACGGAGUUUGUGCUGACGUGUGAGUGCAGCCUGCGUGCUGCUCACCUGCUAGGCCGCCGCUUUGAUCCCAGCUGAUAAAGUGCAGGUGAAUGUUUGUUUGCCGUAGACUGUCGGCUCACCUGGCUGGUAGUCGUCUAGUCGGGGCAGGAAAUGGCUGCAGCCUAAUGUUUAGCCGACACGAAGGUGACCGCAGACUCCCGAGAUUCCGCUCAACGGCCUCCUGACGUCACAACAUGGCUUCCCUUUCCCCCCUAAUAAGGUGGGGGUAGGUGGGGACAUUCUAUCAUUGAGGGCCGAUCUGGCAAGCUACUAAAUGUCAGGGGUCGUCGACUUCCCAGCCUGCCUGAAGAAAACAAGAAUCGCUGAAACUGCCACAGACGUGGAGGGAACUUACACCAGCGCCGUCUGUCCGGAGAAACGCUGGGCGACUUUCGCUGGAGACUUGGUGCUCACCUGGCCAUUGCCUGCCUCACAGCCUGGAAACACUAACUGGUGACGGUUACAGUCAGCUGACGCUAGCCUGUCACACCUGUCUGCCGACACCUGUUCAAUCAACACCUGGAUGAGAUGGAGGGAGAGUCAGAGCUCCUGUGAGGCAAGCAGCUGUGAGUGACACCAUGCCCGUGGACACCUGCAGCAACGUGGUGGGCGGCACGACACGCCUGGAGUGCCGGGUGCUCGGCGACCCGCCACCCGACAUCCGUUGGUUCAAGGACGGCCGUGACAUCACACACAACCGCCGCUUUAGCUUCUCCAGCUCCGCGGACGGCGACGUGUCCAUCCUGAUCGAAAACAUCUCGCCCCGAGAUGAGGGAUACUACCGCUGCAGGGCCGAGAACUCCGAAGGUUUCGCUUCCACUUCUGCCUACCUGGUAGUCAGAGGCUUCCGACAGCAUCCAGAUGACGUCAGAGAGCAGGUGUACACCAUGCAGGUGGAGGACGUUUUGUCGUCCAAGGGAACGUCCAGCACGGUUAGCCCCAUCCACAUCAGGAAGGACGCGGACGAGGCCGGGCAACGGCGAACUUUCGAGCAGAUCGUUGACGAGGAGAAGGGCGGUGGUCGUGAUGGACGCCUCAAGAUCAACGGCAAGGAGACCUCGACAAAGUCUUCGCACACUCUGCACGAGCUCACUUUUGCUCAGUCCAGCACCGCACGUGAACUUUUGGCAGUCGCCAGGUAGUCAAGAUGGAGGAGAAGGAGGAAAGGA